AUGGAAGCAAUUUAUUUUUCGUUUAUUGGCAAACCAGGUUGUGGUAAAAGCACGAUUCUAAAACAAAUCAACGAAGAAUAUCAUGUAAACGUUAUAUUUUUAGGUGAAGAAUUAAGAAAGAGAAAACUUGUUAAUGGUUCAGAUUUGUUAUCUACAGAAAAGCUUGAAUGUAUUUUAGAAGAAAUGAUUAAAGGUAUCAAACAAACACAUGCUGAUAAAAAAGAAAUAACAAUUAUUUUUGAUGGAUUUCCAAGGACGUUGUCUCAGAUUUCAGGAAAAUUUCCAUUGAAAUCUACAUUUGUUAUUAAUAUUGAUGAAAAUGUUGCAAAAGAAAGAAUUAAUAAUAGAAAGGGGAAUAGAAAUGAUGAUAAAGACAACAAAGUAAUAGAAGAACGGUUUAAAAAGUUUUUUAAAGAAACACAACCAGCUAUCGAAAAUCUAAAAAGUUUAGAUUUGGUGAUUGAAAUUGAUGGAAAUAAAUCUAAAGAGGAAGUUUAUAAAAAAGUUAAAGAUGUUAUUGAAGAAAAAAAGUAUUUUAAGAAAAAAAUUUAA